AUGCUGCCUGUUAAUUGCGGCGCUGCUAAUUUAUGGACAACCGAUGUAGGUCGAAUCAAUUUCAACGAAACCAGCUCCUUCACCUCGAGACACCGGUCGCCGUCUUCGGGAACUGGGUUAGCGGAUAUCACGGUGGCCGAAAUACUCGAAAUAUACAAGGAUGACACAGAUUUAUUAAAACAUAUUUUAACAGCCAAAGCCGAAGAAGACAAACGACGAACAGCAGAAGAGAUCCGUCGAGCGGAGGAAGCGCGACUGCAAUCGAAAUACCUUGAUUUACACCUUGAACAACAGCGCCAAAAUAACGAUCCAUCGUCUCUUGUGGAUAAUUUUGUAAACGGAUCAUUUUGUUCUUUUGCGGGAGUUUCAUCGAAUGAAUUAACGCCGGAUUGGCUUUCAAUGCAAGCGAGUGAGCCUGUUCCCAUCAUGUCACCAAUGCCAAGUGUGAGUCAAUACCCCCACGAUACCCCGCCUUCACCGACCUCGACCGUACUACGACCUUCUUCUCCUUUUACCUCUUUUGAAGUCCCGUUUGCCGACUUGUCUAUUUCCGCGUCGUCGUCACCUGAACCUCACGAAAUCCCGUCGCAUGCAUUUACUUCGGCGCCGCCUGUUCCAUCCACCCCGCCACCACUACCACCAUCCUUACCAGCCAAAGAAAGAGCAUGCAAACGCACUUUAUCUCGAACGCGCUCACAGCGACGUCCUCCUGUGAGUGGCAAAAAGAAAAAUCGAUCCUCCGCACCUUUGCCUACCUCCUCACCACAACCGGCUGCAAGCGAACCUGGGUCGUCCUCGUCUACGACCGAGCAGCAGUUAGAUCAUGAUAAGGUGAUGGAAGCCCUGAGAGCCAAAAUUCGUCGGUCCUCCAACCCAAAUCCUCAAUCUUCUACACCGAUUGAAGAACCCAUGGAGCCCGCGAGUAUGUCGCCCACAGGCAUGCUGUUACUCGAUUUGAAGAAUCCGCGUCGUUUAUUCCCCGUACGUCGGCAAGCCGCGGCGCCUCGUGUUCCUGUUGUUCGUAGACUACGGCCAUUUGUCACCGCACACAAUCACUGCGAUAAAUCAAAGAGCGGCGAAUCACCAGCAAUGUCUUCUGAGGACACUUGA